UCUAAAUCUCUCAUUCCCCCUUCCCUCUUUCUCCAUCUCAAUUUCUUUUUCUUCCAAAAAGGGUACACUUUUCUGCUUUCUGCCCUCACUUAGCCCAUUUCCAAUUUCCAAUUCGAUUAAAGUAUUAUAUAUCUACCAGCUAUAGGUAACACAGCUGAAAAAGGGUUCAUCAAACUAAAGACACUUACUUAUACACACACACACGCACACACUUUUCACUACACACACUUCACUACACUACACUGCACACUUCACUACACACUUCACUCCACACUUCACUCCACACUUCACUACACAAUAAGUUCAACCAGUCUUUUCUAUAUCAUAGACGAACGAACAAGAUCAAAAACUACAGCCAGCGACAACAUCAACAACCACCACCACCACCAACCACACCAUCGGUACAUACUCGACUCGAAAACAAUUCAGGGAUUUUCCCUGGGACCCAAAGCCACAACAAAUUCACCUCUUUAAAACUUGCCCAUAUCACUUGGGCACUUUCCCUUCUAGUAUCUUAUAGCGUAUAUCCCAUUCUACAUUCUACAUUCUACAUUCUAUAUCCUAUAUCCUAUAUCUUCAUCGCGACAACGACAGACCUAUCAAAAUAAUGACCUUCUUUUGAUUUUUUGGAUUUUCCCUCUUUCCCUUGGCGACCUUGUUCUUCCACACAGAAUCACAGUAAACGAAGUACUCGGACGUACUCGCACCAGCACCAACUGGCGACUUUGAUUUUUCAAGAGGAAUCUCGUGAGAAGGAGGGAUGAGAACUCCAUGGUUCUCGACCAAUAACCCAAUCUGUACAAUACAAUACUACUACCCACAAUACCAAUAACCGCAAAAUAUAUGUGCUGCUUCUGUCUUUGAGAGAUCAAGAUCAAGAUCAAGACCAAGACCAAGCCCAAAGCCCAAAGCCCAAGCCCAAGCAAGAUCAAGACCAAGACCAAGACCAAGACCAAAGAGCAAGAUCAAGAUCAAGAUCAAUUUCAACAAAAGCCCCUCUUUUCAAAUCCUCUCCACUCUUCGACAGAUAUUCCACAUUCAUCACCAUCUGAACUCCAAUUAGUCGAAUUUCCACUUCCGUUACACCACAAAGUCCAGAACUACCUCGAAUUUCUAUUACGGGUACAGGGCUUCCCUGUCAUUGCGAAACACUUCCAAUCUACUGUAUUCUUUUUACGAGACUCGGUUGCAUUUUCUUUCAUAUCAAUUUCCAUUUUUCCCUCGGCACCUUUCGAUUAAGACGUCGUGAACAAUAUCGUCAUCGUCUUUUUGCAACGGAAAACCGAAUCCCCGAAAACAAAGACAUUGAAGCAAAAACGGAAAAGGGCUUGAUUUAAAAGAACGGACUCGGUCGAUCGAAAAAAAGGCCCAGCGCUCGAGCCAGUUUGCCCCCGUGCGACGCGGUAAUUUGACUUGAGUGUCGAGAGCUCAAUCAAUUGGCUUCUCAAUUAUUUUUUUUUUCUUUUUACUCCUAUACUAUACUACCGUUUAAUCUUGGUCAAGGCCCGCGGAUAUUGGUGGUGAGCGGGUAUAUAGAUUUGGUGUUGUGGUGUGCGAAAGAUAGUGGCAGUAAUGGACUACGCCGCAUGCAAUAUUGUCUACGUGGAUCGCACAGCUCUCGAGGACAAAUUGGUGCGGAGAGAAGAUGUGGUCACAAAUGUUUCGACCUUGGAGAAUUCAGCGACUGCCACCGAUGGCGCGAUAACACCACGAGCCAUCAGUGCCGUCGACAAUAAUGUGAAUAUUUUAUUGGGGUCUUUCACUGAAGGUAGGUUCAAUUGAAUUAAGUGGCUCGAUUUAUUCCUGAAUGGGGCUUGCUUUGAUGAUGAAAUUGACAUGGAAUUAGUUCACGUUUGUACCUCGGGCAAGUCAUGCAUAUCGAAAAUCUCUGAACUCAAUCGCGCAUCGACCGCAGAUUUAAUACCUACCCUCGUUUUAAUAGAUAUCCCGUAUGAUGAUCAAGUAAUUGAGCGACCUACGAGGGAAGUCCGGACGCCUUCACCCAGUUCCAAACCACAGAUUGAUGGUAUCCUCGAUGAAGAUAUUGUGGAGGCAUACGGGAUAAAAUUAUUACAAUGGAUUGCAUCCGAACUUCAACAGCACCGCCUAUCGAAACUCAUAGUUCCAGUGGCCAUGGUUGCCUCGGCCUCGGAGCCGGGUCUUUCGGUGAAUUCAUCAUCAAAAAAUCGAAUGAGUUCGAGAUCGGAACCCGCUCCUGCUGGAUAUGAAAUUGGCAGGCAAAAUCGGAAAUCGAGCGGCAUCUACAUACCACUGGAUCAGAGAAGGACAAUGAGGUUUUUAGACAUCGGGGCAGUGGAUGUCAUAACGAAUCCGCUCCUCCUUGAACGAUUACCUAGUUUGGCAGUACAUGCGUAUCGAGCGCAUAAAGAUGCGUCUAAGGAUCACAGGGCAUUUAUGGAGUUGAAGAGGGGAAGAAAGCGAUCGUGGGUUGGUGUCGAGGAUCAAAAACCUUAUGCAUAUUUGAGAGAAGCAAUGGUAUCUAGAUUGAUGGAAGGAAUCUGCACGCUAAACAGUGAAGAAGUAGAAGAGUAUGGCCAAUGGAGAGUGUCUGUUUCAUUAGAUCGAAGGGAAACGAUAGUUCAUGCCAUUAGCUCGUGGCAAUUCUCGGCGCAUGAUUUCGAGGAUGAUGAACUUCUGUAUGCAUCAUCAUUAAUGUUUCAACAUGCACUCUCUUUACCGGAAUUGGAGAAGUGGCGGAUAUCCACAGGUAAGUGUUAAAACCAAUGGUUCGGGUAAUAAACGGCCCCCCGGCCAUGCUGACAUCCGUUGCAGAAAACCUUACAGCUUUUCUCAUCACAAGUCGAGAAGCAUACAAUAGUUUUGUACCAUAUCAUAAUUUUCGUCACGUCGUCGACGUUCUUCAAGCUAUAUUUCACUUUCUCGUACGAUUGGGAAAUCUCCCCGAAUACCCUCCGAGGCCAGAUGGGACAACAAGCCAAAGAUCAUCACCAAUCGCCGAGCUUAUCAGACCCUUUGAUGCUCUUACAUUGAUGAUUACCGCGAUCGGUCAUGAUGUCGGCCAUCCUGGCGUCAACAAUGCAUUUCUUGUCCAUCUAAAUGCACCACUAGCUCAACUUUAUAACGAUCGAUCUGUUCUCGAAUCAUUCCAUUGCGCUGCUUACUCUCAAAUAUUACGUCGUCAUUGGCUAGCCGCUUUCGAGGAGCGUGGCAUGCGACAAUUAAUGAUAAGCACAAUCUUGGCAACAGAUAUGGGUUUACAUUUCGAUUACAUGAAGAAGCUUGGCUAUCUGCAAGAGAAGCUACAUGAGAAUGGUGGUGUCACUGAUGGUUGGAACGGUAGAACGAUUGAGGAUCAACGAACACUUGCUUGCUCUUUACUUAUUAAAUGUGCAGACAUAAGCAACGUGGUAUGUUAGAUGAAUUUUUCAAGGGGAAUCAGAUGCUGACUCCGAUACAGGCACGAAGAUUUGAUACCGCGACUAGGUGGACCGAAAUAUUGACCGAUGAAUUCUCUCGUCAAGCUUCCAUGGAACAAGAUUUGGGUAUACCAACAGCUUUAUAUGCGCCUCCUGUUCGAGAAAUCAUCGAACUUGGCAAAUCUCAAAUAGGUUUCAUGAAUAUGUUUGCCAUACCAUUGUUUGGUGGCGUAACCGAUGUCAUGCCUAGUAUGGGAUUUUGUGUCGAAGAACUGGAAAGAAAUAAAGCUGCUUGGGAAAACAGGAUAGCUUUAGAGCAGGAGAAAAUGAGGCAAGAAGGCUUCUUGGGGCCCUCUGAUGGCGUGCAGUCAGGCAUGCGCUCUCCCCGCACAAUGAGUAUUGCACAUCCUGCCCAGGACGGAUCUCCUAGCCAGGAUGUUACUUUUAGGCACGGUGAAGCUUCGAACAACCGUGUCCAACCAAGGCUUAACAGAAAUCCGUUCAUGACGAGACAAGGUUCCAACGAUGAAUCACCCAAAGGUACAAAACAAGGCAUUGAUUUUCCUCUGUCGGCAGCCUCGUAUGAUCGGAGACCAUCAAAGCCUAGUCAACUUCAACUGAGUUAUGCAACUUCAAGUGCACCGGGACUUCUCGAUCAUUCGAACCAGGACGUAGAAAUUCUGGCAAAUGGCGAUCGACGAGUUAAUGGAGUACAUGUUCAACCGUCUCUCUCCACAGAUGUUGUAGUGGUAGGCCCGCCAACACCCAAAGAACUCUCACUACCACACCAUCAGAGAAGUAGCGAAACUACAACUGAAGGUAGUAAUUCUGGUUCUGCUGGAGAAUGGUCCGCAGGCGCAACGACAAAUAACAAAAGCCCCUUUGCACCUAGUACGCAGGCGACCAGCUUUGCAAGCGAAGAUUCGAACAAUGAUAGAGCUGUCACUCCCACUUACGCAUCUCCGCUAGUCAAUAGUACGAGUCAUUCUUCGAUGAAUUAUGAUAGAUCAAGUCAUUCUACAAAUGAUGGGUCGACUGCGCCGGAAGCGGGAUCGGAUCUUAAAGUGUUGGCGGAGACGGGGAGAAAUUUGAAAAAGAAGCCCAGCCGGUUCAGGAUGAAUGGAUUGCAUUUCUGGAAAAGGAAAAAUGGCAAUCCACCAAUGCCAGCUGGGACACCUGACAAGCGUGAUUCUGACGGCACCGAAGGGUGAUUCGAAAGAAUAGAGGAGAGGUAAUACGAGAAUGAAACACACAACUCGACGAAUUCACUGACGAUAAUGUUUUGAGAUGAAAUUAAGAUUUCGGUACGGCAAUCGGGGAUGUUUUGCUCAGGUUCUUGUUUGUAUGAUUAUUAUUUUUUUUGUACAUUGUACACGAUGUGGCCAUUUGUUUUUGAGGUAUUUCAUUUGUUAUACCUGAAGAGGUAAAACGAGAAACAAUACCUCUGUGUUUAUGGGAUAUUCAAAACAAAGACGGAAUUGGCGUUAUUAUUCUUCUUCUUUCUGGCAUGGGGAUGGAAGAUGGAUGGAUCGAUUGCUUUAGAUCUAACGGUGUGGAUGGCGUUUUUAUUUUAUGGAUGGAUUGGUGCUGGAUGCAUGUAAGCAUGGGUGCUAUUGGGGAAAUCGGAAGUGUGGGGAGAGGGGAUGAUGGGGAACGUUUUAUAUCCAAGUUGGCAGGUCAAGGCAGAAGUUUAGAGCUUUGAAGCGGGAGAAGAAUUUCAAUGGAAAGGGAAAGGGAAGGUAGGGAUGGGAAUGUGUGCUUGCAGCUGAAGUCUGUAUGGUUCGGUGCUUGCUUGGCUCGAUUUGGCUUGGUAUACUUUUCUUUUUGGUCUGGAGUGCAGCUAGCUCAUGGAUAGGGAGGGCAUUGAUGGAUCGAUUCAAUAGGAAUCUAUCUAUAGCGAAAAUUGGGGGUUGUAUACGCGAUUGCAUGUGCUGUCAUAGCGAGUAUAUCAUUUAUAGGAAAGAUGGACUGGAGGGGUAAGGAAGAGAGAGGAAAGAUGGAAGAUGAGAGGAAGAAGGGAGAGAAAGAAGGAAGGGGAGAACAAGAAGAAAGAAGAGAAAGAAGAAAGGAGUAACAAUUGAUUAAUUUUAAAAUCA